CGGCGGGCGAUGCUCCCCCGGCAGCCCCUGUCGCGCUGCCGCCCCGCGCCCGGCGCCCCGGCGUCUCCGCCGUGACCGGCCCAUCUCACCAGAGAGAUGCCUGGGCAUUGGAAGCUCCCUGCAGCAUGCUGAGGAGACGUAACCUUCUUACCACGCUCCUGAUUGCCUUGCCAUGGGCCCUUCUCCUAACCUUGUGGCACCAGUACCCAACCACACACUACCUCAACCUGCUGAGAAAAGAGACAGAUGAGAACGUGACCUCUAAAGCUCUCCUUAAUGGUACAUCUGCACAGAGAGAAGGCGGCUUCCCAUCAUGCACUCGGCAGCAGCAAAGCAUAGGGGCAGUGCCUAAAAUCAUCCAGAAUUAUGUGUACUCCAGGCCUCCCCCAUGGUCAGACACCCUGCCAACCAUUUUUGUUAUCACCCCUACCUACACCCGGCCAGUGCAAAAAGCUGAGCUGACCCGUCUGGCCAACACCUUCCUCCAUGUACAGAACCUGCACUGGGUGGUGGUGGAGGACUCUCCACGGAGGACCAACCUUGUAUCCAACCUGCUGGAGAAGGCUGGGCUCAACUUCACCCACCUCAACGUGGAGACACCCAAGAGCCUGAAGCUGGGUCUGUCCUGGAUCCCAUCCCACACCCCAAGGGGUACGCUACAGAGGAACCUGGGGCUGCACUGGCUGAGGGACAGCUUCAGCAACACCGCACCACCAGAAGGCGUAGUCUAUUUUGCUGAUGAUGAUAACACCUACAGCCUGGAGCUCUUUGAAGAGAUGCGCUACACAAGGCGGGUCUCAGUCUGGCCAGUGGCUUUUGUCGGAGGGCUGCGGUAUGAAUCCCCAAAAGUGAACCCAGCAGGAAAGGUGGUGGGCUGGAAAACCGUCUUUGACCCUAAUCGUCCAUUUGCUAUUGACAUGGCCGGAUUUGCUGUCAGCAUCAAGUUGAUUUUGGAGAAGCCUCAUGCCAGUUUCAAGCUGGAGGGAGUUAAAGGAGGCUACCAGGAGACCAGUCUGCUGAAAGAUUUGGUGACUAUGGAUGGGCUGGAGCCCAAAGCAGCUAACUGCACAAAGGUGUUGGUCUGGCACACAAGAACUGAGAGGCCCACUCUGGUUAAUGAAGGCAAGCGUGGGUUUACAGAUCCCAGAGUAGAGGUGUAAGUAGAGAGCCAGCUCCAAAAUAGGCAGAGGGCUGUGAUUGUUCCUGAAGUUCAUCAGCAGCCAUAUAGUAACUGUGCACCCUGCCUGUCCUGCCCAGCACUCUGCUCCACUGCUGGAGGAUGAUAAACACCCCCAAAUGUCACCACGCCAAACAGCUCCCUUGCCCAAAGAGGUGGUAAUAAGGAGGGACAGAGCUGAGGUGGUGCUCUGAGAUCCUCCCCACCUAGGAGAGGAGUGCUUCCCUUCCCCACUGGGCCCUGGACUUUUAACCAUUUGUUAAAAUUUACUAGACAUGAUCUUCAUUGUCUGCUGUGCCAGCACAGAGGCUGAAAUUCAGGAUGUGUGCAGGUGCCUCCAAAGGUCUCUCCUGGCAUAUUGUGAAACCUGAGCUUCAGUACAGCAACUGUGAACAGUAGUAGCUCAAAGACAGGAGUUGUCACUAAAGCACAAACAUGGACUUGUUGGCCUGAGGCUGGUGUGCUCUCAAAACAGCUUUGAAGCAAAGCUGGCAUGAGAGUCUCUCCCUCGGAGGGAUGCACUUCGAUAUGUACACAGAUCAGCCUUCAGCCUGGAGAGGAAGCUGUGCUGACGAACCUCAUUUGGGGUUUGGGAGGUCAGAAGGGAUCUAGUGCCCAUCCCUCAGCUCAGAUCUUCUACUGUCCCCACUUAAGGUUGUUUUGGAAAAUGCCAUUUGAGAUCCCCAGGCACAGACCCCUCUGGAUGAAGUUCCUCUCCUGCUUGGGAGACACAGCAGGUACUGUACCUCAGAAGCCAUGCCUCCAUGUCUUGUUGGAGAGAGCAGAAAGUAGGGACAAAUAUGGAUGGACUUGAACGUGUUCAAGGCCUGGAAGCCUGCUGCAGCACCAUCAGGUGCUUCAGGAGCCUCGAAUCAUGUGCAUGGACUUGCUUCCUAGACCUCCAGAGAGGAAGACAACUCUCUGAGACGGAGGUGGGUGAGAAGUGCUCAGAGAAGAGGAACCCUCAUCCUGCAGUCAUCUGCUGUGAGAACAUCAAGGAAUGUGGAGACAUCAUUAGGAAACCUAUCUUGAGCACAUACAUGACAACUGAAAUAACAAAUGUGGCAAGGUUUUCCAGCUGAUCUUUGAAAGGAGUGUGUGGUGCUGUGAAGAGAGAGGAGUCAGUGUCAUGUGGAAGAGUUUCCCUUUCCCUCAAAAAAACUGGAAGACAGCCAGCUGGGACGCAGCCCUUAAAAACAGGAGGUGCAAAUGAGAAACGAAGAAAGGAUGAACUGGAUUAAAAGCACAAGUGUUGGUACCAUAUGUGUGUGUGAGGAGUGGUGUCACUGUGACUUAUCCAGGAAGAUUCCUUGAAUGACCCAGAAACCCCUCUGAGCGGAUCUUUAAAACCUUCUUCACUCAGGCCAUGAGAAACAAGGCUUAAGGCGUUCAAAACACAUCAAGGAUUUCACAGCUGGGAGAAAGUUAUAAGCAACUGAAUCAUCCCUUGCCCAAGAAAUUCAGGGCUAGCAGGAAACUUAUUUAUUUGUUGAUUUAUUUAUACUAGAAAUCUUCUCGGCCUAUUCCUUGUUUAGUUUGGGGUUUUAGUUUAGGUCAUAUGAGAUAUUCAUGAAGAAAGAAUUUUUUCCCUCUUGCCUCAGAACAGUAGAGCUUGGUGUUCACUGAUAUGUUCUGUGCUCCCUGGGGUUUCCUUACAAUGGUGUCUUCAACUGGCAAAAUAAUCAGCAACACAGCAAGGGGGGCAAUACAGCAAAGGAAAUUACAGUUCUUUUAUGUAACAAAUGUGGGUGGCACUAAGUUUCUGGCUCCCAAGCAAUCACAGUGAGCAAACGAUUGCCUCAGCAGACAGACCCCAUAGGAUCUCAGGAAGUGUCCAUGGAGGGGGCUCUUUGAAGGGUAUCUGAGAGAGGGAGUUGGUCCAUAUUCCCUCAAUAGAGAAGGAGCAUACAGUGCAUCCUGCUGUAGCAUGGGGCCAAAGUAUGGGAGGAGCAAAGGGGAUGAGAGGCCUCCUUUCAGAGAGAGACACGGGAGAAAUCAAAGAACAGGCAACAACUAGAAAACAGAGACUGCAUUUAGUGAGGCUAAGGCCAGGGUCUGUCUGGAUGAACAUACCAGCAGUACAAGGCCACCCUGCCAGCUCUCUCAGUAUGAAGAAAAUACUGAAUGGGUUGAGAAAGCAAUGUAUUCUCUGGACUGUAGAAAGGUCCUUACAGAGCUUACUGGCACCAGAUAGCAUGAAGGAAGUCCAGCAAUCACAGAAUUCUUUUCACUCUGCAUUUGUCUGAGCUUUCCAUCCUGCCCUCUGCAGAAGGUAGCAGGGCUUGCACUCCAGUGGGCUUUGCCAGCCCAUCCUACCACCAGGCAGGUGGGCUCAGUGCUUCUACCCAGCAUUAACUCAAGAUUAAGUCCCCUUCUUUGUGGUUACAAUGAAUGAGCAGGAGCAAAGGAAUAAAGGAGUUGAUUUAUGAUCCUCCAUUUUCUCCUCUGAGAUGGGCAAAGUUUCUGCCCAUAUGAACAGGAGGAGAUGUGUUGAUUAAUUCUCUGGCCUUUAAUCUCACACAGGUCCUACAUAGGGUUUAGGCACUGCCAGUGAGUGUUUGUAGCAAGGAUCUGUUCCCAUUGCAACAGAUCCCACUACACAUAUGUUUUUAGAGAGUUGUUCUGUCUACAUCCUUACAAGAAAGAAAAGUUACUCUUUCUGUCUGUACUAUGCUGUCAGUUCAGUCUUGGUCAGAGUUAGCUCUCAAGACUAGCCCUAUUGCACCAUCGCCAUUCUUGCCUCAGCCUGGCCCUGUGGAGCAAACCUUCUGUGAAUCAAGAAGUUCUGUCAGUCACUACAUUGUGCAGAACUGAGACCUUGUAUGGACAGCAUGAAUGUACACAGCUGAUAUUCCACACUAGCAGACAGACGGACCUGUUCAGCACAAAUACUCUUUUUCCUGUAGAGCAGCCUGAGGACAGCAAGGGCUGCUGCUGGCCGAGGUGCAUCAGCUAAGGGUGGUUAAGUAACAGGCAUCACAAGUUAAGAUGGUUGUUCACCAGCACAGCAGGGUGGGAGAGCCCAGGACAGAAGCAGCUGUGAGGGUUACAGGCUUCAGGGGAAGUGAGUGCAGUAGGAAGGGAAGCCGCAGAUCAAGCCUGAAGUAUUUAAACAAGAGAAGGCAUCCCAGUGCCUGGUUUUUACUAGCAUAUUAGCACCUGAUAUUCAUGUUCUGUGAGAUUCAUCCAGCUCACCAACCAACAAAUAUUACUAACAUUUCCUGUUACAGAAAAUACUAUUGGUGAACAAAAUAGAAUGUUGAGAAAGUACUUUUUAAGGGUUAUUUAUUUAUAUUGAAUGGUACUAGAGCAUUAUUAAAUAUGAUGUGAAUAGUAUGAUAUUGCAUUGUCUUGUCUGCAGCCUAAGUGCUUACUCCUUUUCCAGGAAAACACAGUGGAAUCUAUAAUGGGAAACGUAUCUAUUUUAGGUGUUCUCAUUUCAAGGUUACUCUUCCUCUGACCUAAAUGUUACAAGAGAAAGUCAAGCAAAAACAUUUCAGGUCCCUGAGACCAGUGUCUGCAUUAUGGAGAUAAAGGAAAUAGGAGACAGGAGAAUAUCACCUAGUCUCCAUGGUCUCUCAUGAUCUCUAGCAGUCAUUUUGGGUAUGGUGCCCAUCCCUACUGAGAUUGCUCUGUAAAGGCUCUUACCAUGACUCAGAAGUGAGUGGUGGUAAAAAUAUAGGCCAGGCAGUCAGUUUUCUAUCCCAAGAGGAAGGGUGCUGCAAGCUGUAUUAGUGAAAUGUCAGUCUGACAGGAACCCACUGUCAGCUAUUCCACAAACCUGGGAGAAGCUUGGAUAUCCAGGUCCUGUUUCUAAAGCACUCAAUAAUUUACUCUGUCACUGGUCCAAGUUAUAUGACAUCAGCUCUCCGAGUUUUUUAACAGCAGGGUAUCCACCUCUCAGAAACAUGGAAGCAGUUUUAAAAUUCUUCUGAGGAAGCCUUGCUGAAAAUUUAGUAUACCAGAGAACAAGCCAAAUUCAUAUCUGUGUGAUAAAAACACAUUCACAAAGGGUUGCUAGAAGAACAAUGUGAAGUUUACAAGCCAAGAUCCUGCAAAAGGCUGAGAAAGAACUGCUGGUCCAAAGUAUUUGAAACAUCCACCUCACUAGAAAACACAGUGUCAUGAUUUAAAACCACCUCACUCCCCAAAAAUAAGAGACAACUCUGCUUGGCUAAAAGCAUCCACCUUUAGAAGGAGUAAUGUUACCUUCCUCUUGCCUUAAAGGAAACCCUGGGGACUGAGAGGGCACUGGAUGAUGCACAUUGACCAGCACUGUAUAAGCAUACAGCCUGGUAUCAAUCACUCUGUUACACCAUCUGUUCCUCCCCUACUCAGGUCCUGCCUUUGCAAUGCAGAGCUUCCCAAAGUCACUUUGCUGCACUUUUAACAGAGAUUUAGUGCAACCCCCAGGAGACAGGGCAUGGAGGAGAAUGGGAGAGAAAAUGAUCAAGCAAGAAUGAAUCUUACUAAAGAGAGUGAGGCACUUCUCUCAGUCUCUCAUCAUGUUAAGGCCUGAUUGGAGGUGAAACUGCAUUUGGAGGGAGGAAAAACUUCCUCCCUUGGGACAAUCCAGAGGCACUUGCAUAAACUUAAUUUCAAGCUGUGUUUGAAGACGGUGUGUGGUUUGGUUGGAUUUUUGGGUUUGGUUGUUUUGUGGGGGUUUUUUGUAUGCAUUCAAUUUAAUUUCCCAGGAAGCUGUGUGAAAAUGAGAAAGGCAGACCUUUGACUGUGAUGUAAUGCCAGCCCAGUGCCUGGUUCUUACAGAUCCAGUCUCACAUUGUUUUCCUCCAUCACUGCCCUCAAUAAAUCUCUGUGCAAAGGUUGCUAAAAUGCCUGCCACCUCCCUUCCACACUCCAGUGGAGACCGUUACUUUUUUUUUUUUUUUUGCAUUUAAGCAAUCCAAUUAAUUUUUAAUUCAAAACACAACCUAGUUUCCCCAGCUCUGUUUAAAACAGGAGCACUGUGACCUUGAAAAGGCUCAGACCUGCUGGCACCAGGAAGUUCUGACCUGUACUUUGCUCUCCGGUCCCAGCUUGCUUGCUUGCUGGUGAGGAAAAGGUUCAUGGUUGGGUUUAUGAUCCACUCAUUUCAGUGCUGAUGGGGAAAGAGAGGAACUGUAGUUGGUUUGGAAGGUUUCUGAGGGAGACACUCCUCGAGAUGCAGCUCUCCGAGCCUGCACAGAAACACGUGCUGGCUGGCACCUCUGCAGACAGCUGAUCUGCCUAGUUGUAUUUAGUUUUCCAGUCUGGAGAACAAAUAUACACACAGGUGAAAAUACAGGAGUAGGCUGUUUCCAUCUGACCUGCUUCUGCCAAGAACUGGCACAGUGUGGCAAUUUUUACAACUAAGCCCUGACUGCAGGGAAGAUAGCAGAGCCACUGAUGUGGGGCAAUUCUAAUAGGUCCAGCUGCUCCCUUCUCCAAGACAGAGGGAGGCAGACAUGCUUUGUCCAAAUUUUUUUCUACAUUGAGGUUUCCUACUAUGACCCAAGGAGGGAUUGCAAGAGAAACAUAAAGCACUGCUGGCCCUGAAACAAUGGCCCUCUGCAGCCCCAGGUCAUACCAUGAAAAUCUUGAUUCCUUUCUUUGUUUCACAGCUGAUGCAGAGAUUAAUUCUUUCCUGUCCUUGGCAUUGUACUUGAUGGAGCUAUCAGCAAAACAGUUUCUUGGUUUUAUGGAGGUGAAGGCAAGCAGGGUGGGUUUACUGUGAUUGUAGAGGGAAUGGCCCAAGGAGAAUGUCGUUGUGGUGUACAAAUAAAGCAACCUUUGUGGCAGAAGCAUUGCAUGGAUUUCAGUAAAGCAAGACUGCCCGGGGGAAAAAUUAUCCUCUAUAUUUUUUUAUUUAAAAACCCAAUUAAGUCAAAAUUAAAUGUGAAAUGAUGACAAUUUGCA